AUGAAGUUCCGAAUAGAGGACCUCGACGUGUACUUCCCGUACGAGUACAUCUACCCGGAGCAGUACGAGUACAUGGUGGAGUUGAAACGUACGCUGGACGCCAAGGGCCACUGCCUGCUGGAAAUGCCCACAGGCACGGGCAAGACGAUCACGCUGCUGUCGCUCAUCACGUCGUACCAGAUGGCGCGCAAGGGCACGGGCAAGCUUGUGUACUGCACGCGCACCGUGCACGAGAUGGAGAAGGCGCUCGCCGAGCUGCGCCUGCUGCACGCCUACCAGCAGUCCGCACUCGCGGGGGACGCCGCCGCCGGCGCGGGGGGAAACGGCGCAGAAAGGAAAGGCGCAAGCGGAGUUCCGCGGAUUUUAGCGCUUGGCCUGAGCUCGCGCAAGAAUCUGUGCAUCCACCCGGUGGUGGCGGGGGAGGGGUCGCGCGAGAGCGUGGACGCGGGGUGCCGCAAGCGCACGGCGUCGUGGGUGCGCGCCGCCGCGCUGGAGAACCCCGACAUCGAGGUGUGCACCUACUUUGACCAGUUUGACCGCACAGGACAAGAGGCCGCCCUGCCGCCCGGAGUGUACACGCUGCAGGACCUGCGGGCGUUCGGGCGGGAGAAGGGGUGGUGCCCGUAUUUCCUGGCGCGGCACAUGAUCAACUUCGCGAACGUGGUGGUGUACAACUACCAGUACCUGCUGGACCCCAAGGUGUCGGGGAUAAUCUCGAGGGAGCUGGAGAGGGAGAGCAUUGUGGUGUUCGACGAGGCACACAACAUCGACAACGUGUGCAUCGAGGCUUUAAGUGUGAACGUGCGGCAGCAGACCAUCGAUGGGGCGCAUCGGAACCUCGCCCGGCUCAACACAACCAUUGAGCGGUUCAAGGCAACGGAUGCGGAGAGGCUGAAGGAGGAGUACCGCCGGCUGGUGGAUGGACUGGCGCAGAGAGGCAACCUGCCAGCAUCGGACACGUGGCUGGCGAAUCCACUGCUACCAGCGGACAUCCUACAGGAGGCGGUGCCGGGCAACAUCCGCCGAGCAGAGCACUUCCUGGCCUUCCUGCGCCGCUUCCUCACCUACCUGCAGACGCGCCUCAACACCACGCGCGUCGAGUCCGAAGGGCCACUCGCCUUCCUGCAUGCGCUGCAGGCGAGUGAGUCAACGCCACGCCACACACCUGCCCUCAUUGCAUGUGUCGCCUGCACUUCGACAGGCAUAGAGAGCAAGAGUCUGCAGCUGUGUUACGACCGCUUGCAGUCGCUGCUGUUGACGCUGCAGGUGGCGGAGGUGGACGAGAUGGGCCACCUGCAGUGCGUGUGUGACCUCGCCACGCUCGUUGGCACGUACACCAGGGGCUUCGCCAUCAUCAUCGAGCCCUACGAUGAGCGUCAGCCGCAACUAGCUGACCCCGUGCUGCAGCUUCAUUCCUAUGCCCCUCAUAUACUCCCACCCGCUCCUGCUCUCACUCCCCCUCGUUUUCCUUCUCGUACUGACAUGGGCCCUUGUGUGUUCGCCGUGUGUCGUACUCCCCUUUCAUUCACUCAUGAUUUCACCACCCUUCACUCCCUCCUCUCCGCCCCCCACCCCCCUCCGCCCCCACCCCUCUCCAUCCGUCCGUGCCCACCCCUUCCGGCCCCCAUCCCUGUCCGUGCCCACUCCUCUCCCCCCUCCCUGCAGCUCAGCUGUUUGGACGCGUCACUGGCCAUCCGGCCCACGUUUGAGCGGUUUCAGAGUGUGAUAAUAACUAGCGGCACGCUGAGCCCCAUCGACCUGUACCCGCGCCUGCUCAACUUCCACCCCGUCUGCAUCCGCUCCCUCUCCAUGUCGCUCUCGCGUGACUGCCUCUGCCCGCUCGUUGUCACCCGCGGCAGCGACCAGCUGCCCUUGAGCACACGCUUUGACAUGCGCAGUGACCCCGGUGUGGUGCGCAACUACGGGCGCCUGCUCGUGGACAUGGCCGCGUGCGUGCCGGACGGCAUCGUUUGUUUCUUUGUGAGCUACGCGUACAUGGAUGGCAUCGUCAACAGCUGGAAUGACAUGGGCAUCCUCAAGGAGGUGAUGGAGCACAAGCUGGUGUUCAUCGAGACGCAGGACGUCGUGGAGACCACCCUCGCCCUCGACAACUACCGCCGCGCCUGUGACUGCGGCCGCGGAGGCGUCUUCUUCUCCAUCGCGCGGGGCAAGGUGGCGGAGGGGAUUGACUUUGACCGCCAUUACGGCCGUCUCGUUAUCAUGUUUGGCGUGCCCUUCCAGUACACCCUCAGCAGAAUACUGAGGGCGCGGCUGGAGUAUCUGAGGGAGACGUUUCAGAUCCAGGAGAACGACUUCCUCUCCUUCGAUGCCAUCAGGCAAGCAGCGCAGUGUGUGGGGCGGGUCAUCCGGUCCAAGUCCGACUAUGGCAUCAUGAUAUUUGCUGACAAGCGGUACAACCGGCAUGACAAGCGCAGCAAGCUGCCGGGGUGGAUAGUCUCACAGCUGCCCGACGGGCACCUCAACCUCUCCACCGACAUGGCCGUGCACAUCGCCAGGGAGUUUCUGCGGCGCAUGGCACAGCCGUUUGACCGGGCGGCAUCAAUGGGCGGCGCAACUGCCACUCUCCUCAGUGAAGCUGACGUGGCAGCCAUGGCCAUGGCCAUGGGCACGGCAGGAUAG